AUGUAUUCUAAACGACAGUCGGUGACCGACAAGAAAAUGGAUUUUACAAUAACUGAUCGCUUGAAUAUAAUGUUGAUAAUGAUAGAUUCAACAUCGCGUAUUAAUUCUUUACGAUAUUUCACCAAUACCCGUCAUUAUCUGACGGAGACAUUGGGAGCAGUGGAGAUGUUAGGAUACAACAAACUAGCAGACAAUACAAUGGUCAACUUGGUCCCAUUUCUGACUGGAGAAUUUGCAAAAAAUCUGACAUGUUUAAAGAGUCACAAAGGAGUAGACAAUUGUUCUUUUAUCUGGCAAAAAUAUUCACAAAAUGGAUAUUUAACACACUUUUGUGAAGACAUGACAUUUGCAGGAACAUUUCACUAUACACUUCAUGGAUUUAAAGAGCAACCUACAGAUUAUUACGACAGACCGUUUUACUAUCAUUACGAAAAGCCCUCUAUCAAUUCGGCAGAUACAUGCUUUCAUGGAAAAUCAGUGUCUGAAACUCUGUAUAAAAGAAUGUAUGACCUGGCUUACAAUCUGAGAAACGAGCGCUACUUUUCCUUUAAUAUUCACUCACGAAAUACACAUUCUUAUCUCGACGGUCUUGCAGGUAUCGACAAUUUGACACUUGACACAAUAUCAAAAUUAUAUGAGAAUAAUUUGCUUAAUAACACUUUCAUGGCUUUGUUUGGUGAACAUGGUUUGCGUUUUGGGAAAGUUGGAAAGACUUUUAUUGGUCAUUUGGAAGAAAGGUUGCCUAUGAUGUUUCUAUACUUACCUGAAUGGUUCAGAAACAAAUAUAGUAACCACGUGACCAAUUUAAAGACAAAUUCUAGACGUCUAACGACCCACUUCGAUAUGUUUUACACUCUAUUAGAUUUGUUAAACUUGGAUAAGCAGGGACCGGUCAAGAGAGGAAUUUCCCUCUUUCGUGAGAUUCCACGUGACAGGACAUGUGGUGAUGCUUAUAUAGAACAACAUUGGUGCACGUGUAAUUACCAUCUUACCGUAAUGGAUAAUGAUACAGUUAAGAACACAUUAUCAAACAUUUUGAUAAAACAUCUCAAUUCUUUGUUGGCAGAUUAUGAUAAGGAGACAAAAUGUUCCAAAUUGACUUUAGUUUCUGAAGUUUCGUCUGUAGCAGUAACAUCAAAAUCAGGAAAAGAUAAGGAUCACAGAAUUGUUAUUAAAACAGAACCAGGGAACGGAGUAUUUGAAGCCACACUAAGAUAUCAAUCUACUUCCGGUUUAUAUCAUGUGAAAGGAGAUAUUAUUAGACUUAGUAAGUAUGGCCACAAUUCAAAAUGCGUUACAGGGAAAACCUUACGAAAAAUAUGUUUUUGUAUUUAA